AUGAUUGAGGGGCCUCCGUGGGACCUCGAAAAGAUCCAUGACUACGAAAGAGGAGGGCAUCAUCCUGUGCAUCUAGAAGAUAUCCUAGAUAAGCGCUACAAAGUCAUUCAUAAGCUGGGAAGCGGUGGCUACGCCAACGUCUGGCUCUGUCGCGACGUCACGAGCGAAAUGCCUCGUUAUGUAGCCGUGAAGAUCAUCAUGGCUGAAGCAUCUACGAAGGAGUGUCCAGAACUGCGUGUAAACAAGCUCGUGCAACUUGGUUUGGACAAAGAUUUGUUGGCUGAUCACUUCUGUCUUCCUCUGGACCAAUUCGAGAUCGAUGGCCCAAAUGACUUACACUAUUGCCUUGUUUAUCCAGUACUAGGUCCUCGUGUAUCAAGGCUGCUGAAUGUUGAUAAGCUCAGAGAUACUGGCAAGGCUUUGAGACAGAUAUGUUUCCAGGCGAUUGAAGCUAUGGCUGCUCUGCAUUCUCAUGGUAUUUGUCAUGGCGACUUCCGGCCUACCAAUAUCUUAGCCCGGAUCUCUGGACUUGACGGUCUGACAGAGGAUGAAGUAUUCGGCGCCCUUGGAAAACCUAAAUCGACAAAGGUUGUGACAGUUUCUGGCGACAGUCACAACGAGUCCACAGCACCUCAACAUCUCGUCUAUCCUAUCAGCUGGGAUAAUGUAGAGCUAAGCGAUCUUGGGGCGAAUUUCAUCACCAACACAGCUUGUAUUAUCGACUUCGGCGAAUCUUUUGAGGUCUCAGACCUACCCUCAGAACUGGGCAUACCACAGAUCUAUUGUUCGCCGGAGUAUACCUUAGACAACGAUGUGGGCAUCAGCAGCGAUAUCUGGGCUCUCGGCUGCACACUGUUCGAGAUACGCACGGGUAGGAAAUUAUUCGACACCUUCGAUGACGACCCAGAUGAAUAUCUCUGCAAGGUGGCCACAAUACUUGGCAGAUUCCCUGAGCCGUGGUGGUCAACGACAUGGAGAAGACGCAAGGAGCUUUUUGAAGACAGCCCUGAUGAGAAUCGCCGUGUCGUGGAGAUUCGCAGGGAUUCGAAGCCAGAAGAUGCAAAAACAGAUACAACACAUGACGAGGACAAACCAAGAAUCACUAUUAUGCAUCCACCGGAGGCAAGGUCUUUGCAAGAUGCUCUUGCGGCUGGGCUUUUCUACGAGAAUAGAGGUGGCCCAGGAGGUAUGCGAUGGGGCAUUUGCCAAGAGGAGAUCGACCUCUUCUCCAAUCUUCUGGCGAUGAUUUUCAACUUCAACCCGAGAGAACGUCUUACACCUCAAGCCGUGUUAAAGCAUGCAUGGUUUGAGCUAUAG